AAGAUUAAAUAAGAAAUAAGAUUUCUAAGAUAUUGAUCAAGAAUUUAAAUGACAACGUAAAACUCCAAACAAGGUUAAUGACCAACAGAUAAAAUUGUGAAUCGUUAUGUCAAGUUUUAGAUAUUAAUGGACCAAACCGGUUUGCGACCUAGUGUUAUUUUUCUAAAAUUACCUUUCAAACGUUUGUCUUCUACUAAACCACACAUCUCCUUGCGUCAUAUGUAACUUACGAGCAAAAAUAUCUGUCUAUAUUGUCACAAAUUUUUACUAAGUUGUAAAAUAUUUUGAAAUCAAGCGCCACUGUUUUUAUGUUUCAGUUCUGAAGAUAAUCUGCUUUCCAGAUAAUAAAUAUAUAUGGAUAACUAUGUAGGUGUACACGGUUCACCUGCAUGUGCCACGUAUCACUAGCUUAUUUGGCAUAGUAGAAUGGCACAACGAGGCAAGAGGCAUAGAAACGACAAUGAUCUGGCGUCUUGUCCGGGCGCUGUUAAAAGGCGCAAAUGUAGAUUGGGCCCAGCUGCCACUGGUUCAUCGGCACUGGCAGCGACCAUGGGGCCCUCAGAAGAAGAGGAAACGAUGGCGUCGUCGAGCCAAGGGGGGGCACCCUGGACCGCCCGAUCUGUCAGUGAUAUCAAGAUUCCCAGUAUAUACAAUCGAUCGUCCGCGGAAGCACCAGCGGAGUUAUUUCGUAAAGACCUGAUCAGCGCGAUGAAAUUGCCAGACAGUGAACCAUUGAGUCCAAACGAGUAUUGGGUUAUAACUGAUCAGUGGAAACAGGAGUGGGAAAGAGGUGUUCAAGUACCCGUUAAUCCGGAUUCUCUUCCCGAACCGACGGUCACUGUUACGCAGGCGUCUCCUUUGAAGUUACAAGCUGAAUUCAAAUUGCCUAAAAAGUUAGUAAGAAUAUCUCGUGAUGAUUAUUUUAACUCGGAGGAUCAUCAUUUAAGUACUACUCCAGCAAGAGCGGAGAAAGCCUGUGCUUACGACCUCGAUGAUACUGACAUUGCCUGGUUGGAAGUAUUCAAUGGUGAACGAGCACAGAUAAUUCCUGAUUCCUAAAUGAAACAACACUGAUAUUUGUCGUAAAGGAGGGAUUCAAAGCCA